GGGAUAUCCGGGAAGCUGUUCCUGGUCGGAUGCUGAUCGACAUCUCCGACUUCCACAUUCCCACACUCGCGACCCAGAACGCGUCCCCGGAUACCGAAAGUGCCCAACCACAAGACCGCCAUGGCCAUCGACGGUCUCAUCAUCCUUGAUUCAACCGGGCGCCCUAUCAUACAGUCUGGCUACACGUCCUACCCGCCAGGUUACCCAAUCUUGCAUGUAGAUGCGCUCAACACUGAGCUUAGCAAGUGCGCGCGUGCAAAGGAUGUAGACCCUGUCAUCUAUGUAGGACCAGGCAUUGGAGAUCUCCGCGGCAGCGCCUGCUGUCACGUCGAGGUCGGUGGGAUGAGGAUCUUGGCCAGCGUCAGCCGCGAUGCCGAUCCACUCGUGGCGUUUGCUUUCCUCCAGGCGUUCGUCGAUGUCCUCGUCGACUACUUCGGCACGGUCAAUGCUGCCACGCUGAAGGAUAACUUCGAUACUGUAUAUCAGCUCCUUGAAGAGACCUUGGAUUCUUCCGGGCAUCCGCUCACAACCUCUCCCAACGCCCUCCGGGACAUCGUACUUCCGCCGUCUCUUAUCACAAAGCUAAUAGCGUCCAUCGCUCCGUCCGGUCCUUCUCCGGCCUCUGGUAGAACUGGCGCAGGUUCGCUGGCAGGGGCCGGUGCAGGGGCCGCAUUUGCCUCGCCUAUUCCAUGGCGGAAGGCUGGCGUAAGGCACAACCACAAUGAAAUCCUUUUCGAUGUCGUGGAGGACAUGUGCGCUACGAUCGGUCGGAAUGGAGCUACGCUGUCGAGCUUAGUAUGGGGAAAGAUUGAAUGCAAUGCUAAACUGUCAGGGACGCCGGAUCUGACAAUGACUUUCACGAAUCCAACUGUGAUGACCAACUGCGCUUUUCAUCCUUGUGUUCGUCUGCAGCGAUGGUCUCGAGACAAGGUCUUCUCGUUCGUACCGCCUGAUGGACAGUUUGUCAUCGCUGAGUACCAGUACGGUCCCCCUCAUGGCGCAUUGUCGGGCAAUGUCCCGGUACCGAUAGCUUUCAAAGCCAACGUUACGACCGACGAGAACGAAGGCUCAUUCACUCUCACCAUCUCCUCAAAACUGUCGACAAAGCCUAUGGAGAACGUCAUAAUCGAGCAUUACCUCGGAGAGGACUCGACAGGCGCACAGUGCUCCACGAGCAGCUCCGGUACCGGUCUUGGUACGGUCGGAGGCGCGGAGGGCUCCUGGAUGUACGACCAUCAUAAACACGUCCUUCGCUGGGAGAUACCCAACUUGACCACAUCGGGGAGCUGGUCGCUCCGGGGAUCUUGGACAUCCAAGUCGAAGACCCCACGACCAGAUCGCACAUACUCCAUCAAGUUUGAUAUUCCCUCAUAUACUUUCUCUGCCCUGAAAGUGGAUCAGCUUCGUCUCAGCUCGGAAGCGUACAAGAUGUACAAGGGCGUUCGUGGACGAAGCAAGGGGUCCAUCGAGUGGAGAUGGUAGUCUGUCGAUUAUAAGCAGUGAAUAUAUACGUUUUAGAACGACUAAAGCGCUACGCGCGGCGGAAUUGAGUUUGCAGGCGGGGAUGAGGAUGAGGGUAGGUACGGUGCUCUCUAAAGUCAUAGCGUUCCGCGGUACUGCACAUCAGUACCGGGGUCCGAACGAGCUCUGCCUGGGCGUGAGCGCGUCGAAGCGCUUCGAGAUCUGCUCCCAGUUGACGACGCUCCAGAACUCGCGCAGCCACGCCUCCUUGCCCCACACGCCAAAGUCGCGCAGCCAGCAGUGCUCGUGCACGCUCAGGCAGAGGAGCGGGAGGAGCACGUCGCCGAGCUUCUUGAAGUCGUAAUCGCUCUCCGCCAUGCGCGUGGCGCCGUAGAUGUUGGACACGGACGAGAUCGAGCGCGCGGGCGAGGACGGGUGCAGCGGUGGUGGCUGGUGCGAUACACCCGAGACGGGGGAUGUCGGGGCUGCGCCUGCGGCAGACCCGACUGACGACGACGACGGCGCUGCGGCUCGGGAGCCAAGCUCUUCGCCGAGGAUGGGGUUCUCGAGGCGCGGGUCGUCCGUGCCUGCGCGCGAGCGGACGAGGAGCGUGCCGGCGGCGAAGGUCGGCAGGACGGCGAGGUUGCGGCGCGGGUCGGUCACGAGCCAGACGUAGCCCGAGCCGGACAUGCCCAGAGCGGUGCUGGAGAAGAGGGACUUGAGGUGGUCGAUGGCGCCGAACUCUUCUCGUAUCCGCAUGUUCAGGUUGGAGGCUUCGACGUCCUCGU